AUGCCGCCGCGGUUAAGUACGCGCCUGGCUUCUCCGGCUAUCCGUCUUAUUCGCCUAUACUCCAGCGACGUUGCGCCCCUAGUUAGAGUCACGAAUCUACCCGCGCCGAACACGGGUCACGUUCGUAUUCUCGAGCUCAACCGUCCCGACGCCCGCAACGCCCUGUCCAAAGCUCUCGUGACCGCGCUACGGGCUGAGAUAGACAAGGUACGGGGGCAAUAUACGGGCGAUGGUCAGGAGCUACCGCCGCCACGGCGCUUUGGAGGGGCCGCUGGCGUAGACCAAAAGGGCCCGACGAGAGCGUUGAUUGUGGCCAGCGCUAUCGAUACGAGUUUCUGCGCAGGCGCCGACCUUAAGGAGAGACGCGGGUUCACACAGGAAGAAACAAAGCAAUUCCUGAAGGAUCUCCGGAACACUUUCACGGCCCUCGCGUGUGUCCCCAUACCAACCAUCUCCGCCGUUUCCUCCCUCGCCUUCGGCGGCGGCCUCGAGCUGGCGCUCUGCACCCACUUCCGAGUGCUCGCCUCGACGGCGAUGGUAGGGCUCCCCGAGACGAGGUUGGGCAUCAUCCCAGGCGCCGGCGGCACAUAUCGUCUGCGAUCGGUGAUCGGUCCUCAGCGCGCGCGAGACCUCAUAGUCACCGGACGGCGCGUCGCUGCCCAGGAGGCUUACUUCCUCGGACUCGCCGAUCGGCUGGUGGAAGUGCUACCGGAAGACGAGCGCGACGCCGUUGCGCAGGAGGAGACGGCAGAAAACAGGGAGGCGAAUGAAGACGGAUUGCCCACACGAGCGCGGAAGGCGGCGCUCUCGGAGGCGGUAAGGCUCGCCUUCGAGAUCUGUGAGGGUGCCCCGAUCGCAAUAAGGACCGCUCUGCAGGCGGUAGCCUGGGCCCGGUCGGAGAUUGAGGACUCCUUGUACGAGAAGGUGGUGACGACGGAAGAUCGGAACGAAGGACUCAUUGCCUUUCAUGAGAAGAGAAAGCCAGUCUUCAAGGGGCGGUAA